AUGCUGAAAAGCGAAGAGCCACCGAUUGGAUCGUGGCUCUGUGCUAAUGGCAAAUAUCGCGACUAUAUCGAGGCCUUGAGCGGGUCCAAUCCUGGCCUGAAGAAGGCCGAUCCAAACAACAAGGAUGAGCCACUGAAAUAUGGCAACGCGCUCGUCGCGCUUUUAGACGCUCCUCCUACUGGGGCAUCUGGUUUCACAACGACUGAAUUCAGAGGCGAGAAAGAGCUUGUUAAGCACUUUGAAUCCGCGGGGCACAACCACAACCGUCGGCGCAUUUAUAUCAUGGAGGGUCUGGCACCUGAUUUUGUCGCAGCCGUCGGCGGUCACUUUUUCAUGGAUCCUUCAUUCUUCCAGCGGCAAGAGAGGACAUGUGUCUGGAGUAACGACUUUACACCAGUGAGCGAUGCGUUGCCCCAACCUAGCUUGCUUGACCCACGGCAAGCUUUCCAGCUCCAGUAUUGCGAGUUGCGACAGUUCAACAAGGCGCUCGAGAACCGCUAUUUCUUCUGCGAGCGAACGCGACGGCAUGUGGGCAUGACAGCAUCCCGUCAGAAGGAGAACAGUACGAUCGGAAUACUACGUCGCAAAGUCGGGUGGUGGUCUCGCCAAACCGAGAACGGCGGCUGGGAUGUGGUCAUAUUGUGUGAUCCCCAGCUGCUUCAUCUAAGUCCUCCGCCCAAAGAAGUCGAUCCCGACGACAACACACUUCGUCCAAUCGCCAAUGUACGCGACGAACUUCAAAACACGCCGUUUCAGGAAGGCUAUGUUGACUUCAUCCCGCCCGUCCCUCAUCAUCAAAUACAUAGCAAGACGCAACAUCCGCAUACGUCAAUGCUGCGCGACCUCCUCCACUACUACCAGCAACACUCUGAUCUGUUCUCCGAAGACGAGUGGGCUACGCCCAAUACAUCAGCAAUCUUCCUCAAGAAGAUAGUCGCUGCGCACUACCUCCAGCUUGUCGAUUACAUCAAAGCAAUGCUGCCUUCGUUGGAGCUUCGUCUAACUACCGCAUGGGUUGAAGAGCAGGGUCAAUGGAAGAGCUUGCAGACUAUUUCACGUCGGUGCGGCAACUAUCGCGACGAUCUUGAAGAUGCAUUACUCAGUCUCGACUAUUCGCUAGAUGGGCAGAUCAACAAGUCCGUCAGGUUGCAUGCGCACACGUGGAAGGACUGCGAGAAGGAUUUCCAAUACGUCUACUUCCGUCUCAAGAUCCUUAAAGAAAGGGCCGAUAAUCUGAUCCAAGCCAUGACUGGACUGGCAUCGAUCGCGGGUAAUCGUCAGAACUUGGAGGAGGCCAAGCGCGUGAAACGACUCAAUCUUCUCGCCCUGCUCUUUAUUCCCUUGGCGUACACGAGCAGCUUGUUCAGUAUGCAAGACAACUACGCACCGAACCGAAGUGAAUUCUGGGUCUAUUGGGUCAGCGCCAUCGGAGUCGUCGCAUUCACCGCUGUCAUCACGUGGAUCCUGGACAAUGCUCUGAACGACGAAGCGCAGUGGACCUGGAAACCGAUCACCUUCCUCAAAUUCUGGGGCGUCAACGAGCAACAGCCCCAACCCGGAAAAAUCCCUCCUGAACCUGGACUGUUCAAGGCCAUCUUCUUCAACGCCAGAAAGACCGCGCCCGAAUGGGUAUGGGUGAGGAUGACGUCUCAGUCCGGCAAUGAGGGGUUUGCCCUGCAAUACCAUCUGAUGCCAGAUGACCAGAGCAAGGGACUCGUCAACUGCGGGAACUCAUCCUACAACUGCGUUUUGAAACGCUCGCACGAUACUAUCCACAUGCUUGGCUGCCUUGAAGCCUGCCCAGCUUUACCAGAUCAACUAUGCCUGACUGGCGUCCGAAACAAGAGCAUGGGAAAUAUUGCGCCCGAGCUACUAGGAUGCUGCAAAGGUAGUAUACUCUUCGUCGGCCAUCGCGCACAUCUCGACAUGACAAGUUUACGGCAUAUCAUCGACAUGAUGCACAUGGAGUACGACAAAUCACUCCGCCAACUUGGAGACAAAAGAAAAGGCUACAUCCCUGGCGUCCGCAUCAACUGCAUCGGUGAUCGGCUGAUCAGUGAUCGUCCGACACUCGAGGCUUGCAAAGUCACCGACGGCUUCUACGAAAAGGACGAGAAUCUCCUCAUGUGGAUCGCGUCCAAACUCGGUAUCGAUCUUUUCGCUCGCACUAUUCCCCCAGCGCUACCCUGGAGAAACCGUAGCGGUGGUUACAAAGGCUUGAACCAUGCUUGGAACUUCGGCUUCGCUCAACUCAACCCUUCUGAGUGGGCGGCUAGCUUGGGUAGUGUCUACGUCGCGAGGAAAGACAAGAAGCCAUUGUUUGUCGCUCACAUUGCGGCUCUGAUGGCAUAUCUAUACUCCAUCGGUAGUGGGCAAGUUCAAGAGAUCCUAGACAGCAAGGAGCCGUGGAACCUAGCCCUCAAGUUCGACGAGGCUUUCGAGAUGCACAAUGACGUCUUACUUGAAAAAGCUUCUAGAGCGGGUUUCGAGCGGUUUUGGAUCAAGUGGAUGGAGGAAGAAGGGCGAUGGAAGUAUGGGGAUGUCUCUUCACCGUAUGCGGUCUAG